UAAUAAACUUUUGGUUUUGAAAACAGAUUUAUGAAAAUAUUAAUGCAUCGAAAAUUUAUUUUCGUUGUUCAUAUAUCGUUAAAACAAAGUUUUAAGCAGACAGUGUUUCUGAAAAUUGACAUUGUGUGGCGCUUGGGAGCGAUUUUCUACACAAAGCAAUCGCCAUAUUCAUUUUACACAUUACAGAAUAAGUUCGCUGCGAAAACUCUCUCGAUAUAAAUUAUGCCAUUAAGAAAUAACGAGUGAUUCAGUUAUGAAGAAGACAGAGUUUUAAGUGUUUUUAAAAAAUGUUUCCCGUAUUAGUACUGGUUCUCUUAAUAUCUUUCUUAGAAGUCGGCAGGUGUACAGGAAUGGAUUCUCCUCGGAUAAGGCCUUUCGGCGUCCAAGGAAGGAUUCCAGUAAACGAAAAGGCAGCAUUAACGUGCAUUUCUGCAGGAAAUUCUUUAGAAUUUAAAUGGCUUUUUAAUGGCAAAGAUAUCAGUAAUUCAUCAACUGUUCGAAUAAAACACGAACAUGAUUAUUCGACCAUUAUAAUAGAUCCUGUGAGAAUGAAUACGGAAGGAAAUUACACCUGUAUAGCAAAAAAUUCUGUAGGAGUAGAUAGUUUUACAACUGAAUUACUAGUGGAAGCACCACCUCAAUGGAUAGAAGAACCUCAAGAUACGACUGUCAUUUUGGAAAAUUCCGUAAUAAUCAAAUGCUCAGCAAUCGGUUCACCUGUACCAAAUGUCACUUGGAGAAAGAUCAGUGCUGACAACAAGAAAACUGCAAACACACAUAUUUCUGAGAAUGGAACAUUACAUUUUAAUGCAAUAAAGAAAGCAGAUUCUGGUACCUACGAGUGUGAAGCCAAUAAUGGUAUUAAUCCAUCGAUUAAAAAGCAGAUCAUAAUUAAGGUUCAAGAAUUAUUUGCAUGAAGAACUUUCCUUCAAGGUUGCUUCCUUCAUAUGUUAUAUUUUCAAUGGGCAGUUAUUUAUAAAAUCGUUUAGAACAAAAUUAUCAAAAACACAUUUAUGGAAUAGAAAGCUUUCGCUUUUAACCGAGCGUGGCGCUGAGUAAACAAAAUGAAAGUUUCGAUGAGAAUAGUCGCUCGCCAUCUUUAUAGAUGAGAGCUGUUUAGAUCAAAAACUCUCCCCAUGUGGAACUUUAAAGAGAUCACAUUUGGUCCAUAAUGAGAUGAUUUUAUCCAUUGUACUCAUCAAAACAUAAUACUGCUGUUGAAAAAAUGCUUCACAAUUUCUCUUAUAUGCUGCUUUAUUUGCUCCUAUUCGUCGUUUCAUGGAUACCUUUAGAAGCACAAGGUACGUGUAAAAUAUUAUAUUUUUCAUUUUAGUUAGUUACUACUGCUUCAAUAACAAUUUCAAAAUCACAACUUAAAUUUGGCAAAGUUUAGCUUUUAUAUAUAUAUUUUUUUAAUAAUAUAAUUCGAAUUUCUUCCAGAUUUACCAAAAAUAAAACCAUUUAGUUUCAAUGGUAGAGUUAAACAAGGAGAAAAAGCUUCAACAACGUGCUUGGUCGUCUCCAACAGUGAUCAUUUAACA